AAGUUUGUUACAAAUAAUCCAUUCAUAAUCACUCCCUAGUCUAAAAUUUUGUUGAACCACUACCAUGCAAAUUUUGUAUCUGUAUAUAUAUAUGCGUGUAUGUGCAUAUAAUUCAUACACAUAAUAUGUGAACCAUCACUAAGAGCUCUACGUUUUUUUUUCCUAUCAAAUUUUAUCCCAUUUUCAAAAAAAAUUUUAAAAAUAUUUUUCGAAAAAAAUUAAAAAUCUCAACAAUUUUGUUGUAUUGACUUCUUGAAAUAUCAUCUGUUUUAUGUUUCCUAUCCUACUUUUUAACUAACUUUAUUGUUUGUUUGUUCAUAUCAUAUUGUCCUGAAAAAAAGAUUAUUGCGGUUGUAUCAAGAAAAAAGGAAAAAUGGGGAGAUUUGCAAUUAUUAUGGGGUUUAUGUUAUUAUUGACUGUGGUUACAGAGGCAGAGUACAUGAAAUAUAAAGAUCCAAAACAGAAAUUGGGUGUUAGAAUUAAAGAUUUGAUGAAAAGAAUGACACUUGAAGAGAAAAUUGGUCAGAUGACACAAAUUGAAAGGAAAGUUGCCUCUGCUGAAGUUAUGAAGAAAUAUUUCAUUGGGAGUUUAUUAAGUGGUGGGGGGAGCGUACCAAAACCUAAUGCCACAGCUGAGGAUUGGGUGAAUAUGGUAAAUGAGUUCCAAAAGGCUGCUCUGUCUUCUCGCCUUGGUAUUCCUAUGAUUUAUGGCAUUGAUGCAGUUCAUGGCCAUAAUAAUGUCUACAAAGCUACAAUCUUUCCUCACAAUGUUGGGCUUGGUGUUACCAGGGAUCCUGAUCUUGUGAAGCGGAUCGGGGCUGCAACAGCACUUGAAGUUAGAGCAACUGGAAUACCAUAUGCUUUUUCUCCAUGCAUUGCAAUAUGUAGAAACCCGAGAUGGGGUCGUUGUUACGAAAGCUACAGCGAAGAUCUUAACAUUGUGCGAAGCAUGACAGAGAUCAUUCCUGGUUUACAGGGAGAUUUGCCGGCUAACAUGAGAAAGGGAACACCCUUCGUCGGUGGAAAGACAAAGGUUGCAGCCUGUGCUAAGCACUUUGUGGCAGAUGGUGGCACUGUGAAUGGAAUCGAUGAAAAUAAUACAGUAAUCGACUCAAAAGGAUUAUUUAGCAUCCACAUGCCUGCAUAUUACGAUUCAAUCAUUAAGGGUGUCGCAACAGUGAUGGCAUCUUACUCGAGCUUGAACGGUGUGAGGAUGCAUGCCAACACACAUCUGCUCACUGGUUUCCUUAAGAAGAGACUCAACUUCAGGGGCUUUGUCAUUUCAGAUUGGGAAGGUGUUAACAGGAUUACUAGCCCGCCGAACGCUAAUUACACAUAUUCAGUUGAAGCAAGUGUUAUGGCAGGAGUUGACAUGAUUAUGGUACCGGAGAACUAUACAGAUUUUAUUGGCAAUCUGACUUACCUCGUGAAUAAAAACGCCAUUCCCAUGAGCAGAAUUGAUGAUGCUGUAAAGCGUAUACUAAGGGUUAAGUUUGUCAUGGGACUCUUUGAGGAACCAUUGGCUGAUCUUAGCUUGGCACAACAUUUGGGUAGUCAGGAACAUAGAGAAUUGGCAAGGGAAGCAGUAAGGAAAUCACUUGUGCUUUUGAAGAAUGGAAAGAAACCUGAGCAACCAUUACUUCCCCUUCCGAAGAAAGCGCGAAAAAUACUUGUUGCUGGAGCUCAUGGAGACAAUUUGGGUUACCAGUGUGGAGGCUGGACAAUUACAUGGCAGGGUGUUCCUCGCAAUAAUCUCACAAUUGGAACAACCAUCUUAAAGGCUAUCAAGAAUACUGUUGAUCCUACAACUCAAGUAGUAUACAAUGAGGAGCCGGACACUAACUUUGUGAAGUCAAACAACUUCGACUAUGCUAUUGUAGUUGUUGGUGAACCUACAUAUGCUGAGAUGUACGGCGAUAGCUCAAAUCUCACAAUACUUGAUCCUGGUCCUAGCAAUAUACAAAACAUUUGUGGGUCAGUGAAGUGUGUUGUAGUUGUCAUCUCUGGUCGUCCUGUUGUGAUCGAACCAUAUGUCGAAAAAAUGGACGCGCUUGUGGCUGCUUGGCUUCCUGGUACUGAAGGGCAAGGUGUUGCUGAUGUUCUGUUUGGUGACUAUGGAUUCACUGGCAAACUCGCACGUAAUUGGUUCAAGAGAGUCGAUCAGCUACCAAUGAACGUUGGAGAUCCACACUAUGAUCCUUUGUUCCCCAUCGGAUUCGGACUCACAACUCAGGCAGUGAAAGGAAACUAGAAAAACAUGAUUCAAAUGAAGUCAUUUUUUUCAAGAAAAGCUUCAUAAUAUAUGGUUAAGAGCUCUUGGUAAACUAGAAAGCAAAAGAGGAAGAAAGAAAGAGCAAACUUAUCAUAAAAUCCAGUAUUGUGUUAUUUUCUUAUCCAUUUUGUUGUAAAUGUAUUGCUCGAGGUUCAUAUAAAUAAUAUGGCUAUGCAAUAUGUUUCUUUUA